AUGUUCUCCGCCGCAGAAAUUAUCUUCUCUUUUACCUUGCUAUCUGCGCUUUACGAAGCCGUGCAGACGGUCUUGGCACAGGCAGAGAUCUACCAACGGAAUACUGGUGAAGUCCCCACCGCUGGAAAACUGGACACAACCCAACUUUCCUUCGUCAAUGCACUUGAACCGGACAUUCGCCUGCUCGCACCUGCCGGUAGCGGCAAGACACAUUCGCUUCUGCAUCGGUGCGCGGAGCUAAGCCGUCGUUCCAACGGUUCCGACUCUUUUCUGAUCGUUUCCUUCACCCGUGCCGCCCGUGACGAGAUCCGGGCGCGGUUGAGUGAACCCGCCUUUUCUUCCUUCGCCACCAGAGCUGAUGUUGUGACGUUGAAUGGCUGGGGCCAUCGCCGUUUACGCGCCAUGGCCACCCCGCCGCGGCUGCAUGUUUCUGAGUUUGAACGCACAACCCUUGUAAAGACAGUCUUGGCGCCUGCUUUUUCCGCUGUGCCGGCUCUGGAAAAUGGGAUGAAAGAGCAGCCCUACAAACUUCCAAGAUUACUGGCCUAUCUGCUCGACACGAUGAAAACCCUGGGGUUCGAUCAUGAAGACGGGUCGGCGCGGAUGGCCGAUGACCGCCUCGACGCGCUGGAGGAGCUCGGACUGCUGACACUUCUGGAAGACUAUGUUGCAAAACUGGAGGAACUUGGGGUUCUGCCUAACCGGCGUUGGGAAAGCUUCCUUGAUGUUGCCCUGCCGUUUUUCAACACUUCCUGUCAGCAGCAAUUUGCAACUGGAUUCUUCACACUUGAGGAUCAGAAAUACGGAGCCUGGCUGGAUCAAAGGAAGCAUCUAGCCUCUGGAAACGCGCUUGGUGCAGAAGACGCUAUUUCGCAUAUCCUUGUUGACGAAUUUCAGGACAUCAAUCCGCUCGAUCUCUCUUUGAUCCUCACCAUCGCCGAGUUACACAAGUCCACCCUGACCCUUGUUGGCGACGAUGAUCAGGCAAUCUUCGAAUGGCGCGGUGCGGCUCCAGAUUUUAUCCUCGAGCCGGAGCGGCAUCUCGGCCGGCAAUUCAAAACCCACAUUCUUGAGAAGAACUAUCGAAGCCCACGCAAUAUCGUCACGAAAUCAGUACGUCUCAUCAGCCACAACAAGCGGCGUGUGGAAAAAACGGUCGUUCCUGUCUCACAGGUCGACGCUGAGACACUGAUCUAUUCUGGCGAAACAUUUCUCGAUUCAGUCGAAAACGUCCUCGCUGAAAUCCAUUCGUUCGUCGGAGAGAACAUGCCAGGCGCCCGUAUGGCGCUGUUAUCGCGCAAGCGCGCUCAACUCAUCCCCUAUCAAAUUCUUCUUGCAAGAGAGGACAUUCCGUUUUGCGCGGCAGAGGACCUGCAUCUUUUUUUGUCGACCACCUUUGACCGGCUGCUUCAGGCCCUCCGCAUCAGAACAAUGGCUGCGUUAAAUUUUGCGUUGCCCACGAUCGUGGAUGACGUCAUGGCGCUUUGCGACACCGUACACCGUUAUCCACUUCGAAAGGCUGAAGCAGACGCGAUGGCGCGUCACCUUCGAGCAGUGCGCCCAAAGAGCUAUGAUGCCGCAAUCGAUCAGCUUGAAACUUAUGACGGCACCAUACGGGGCCAGAAAGACGAUGGAAAGACAGCGAAAGAGUUUGCGCUCCGGCUGCGUAAACUCAUUCAUGCGCCUAACGUGCGUUCCGCGAUCGAAGCGUUGAGAAGCUUAUAUGCGGGUUUCAAGCAAGACUAUGGGCGAAGCACUGAGGACAUUUUUCUGGCUGACCCUCCCUUCGCAUAUCUCGCGGAAUUUUCAGAAAGUUACGGUGAAGACUUUCAAGGUUUUGUGGAGGACCUCGAAAAGGCCAAGGACACGCUGGUGAAGCUGCCCGGAAUGGACUCCGAGGAUGGAGCGGGGGACGAAUGGCGCAAGCCCGUCCAUCUGAUGACCGCUCUACGCGCCAAGGGCCGCGAGUUUGACACGGUGGUGAUGCUCGACGUCGUUGACGGCAUCUGGCCUCUGCGUUCCGCAAAGACCGAGCGCGCACUUGAGGGAGAGCGCCGGCUUUUCUACGUUGCAAUGACAAGAGCGAAGAAGCGGCUCAUCCUGACGAGAUCCAACCGGAUCGGCGAGAAAGUCGCCAUGAUUUCUCCCUAUCUCGCGGAGGCGGGCCUUCCUUAG